AUGAUUAAAUAUAGUAAUAAAAAGAACAAGAAUCCGUCGUAUUUCUCGCAUGAAUUUAUCAUUGCAAAUCAUGGAGAUAUUGUGAGUGUAGUCGCCAUGGUCUUCAUUGGAAGCAUUUAUAUUCUUUAUUUUAGGUUGCCUCCUUAUUCGUGUCAAUGCAACACAAUUAUAUCUGAUAUUCAAUACACGGUUGGGCGUUAUGAUGUUCUGGCAUUUUUCUUCUAUACAUUGAUUUGUAUCAUCAUUCACGCUGUUAUUCAGGAGUAUAUACUAGAUAAAUUGUCAAAGAGACUUCAUCUUCCGCGUUUCAUGCAAUCAAAAUUUAAUCAUUCUGGACAGCUUUUAUUUUUCUACGUUUUCUCGGUUUAUUGGGCUGUAUAUGCCAUUAUAAAUGAGCGUUACCUGGCUAGCCUAUCGGACCUCUGGUCGGGUUACCCCCAUUCCAUCUUGCCAUUCUGGAUUAAGGCCUUUUUCAUUUUCCAGAUAAGCUAUUGGAUUCACAACUUCCCAGAACUCUACUUUCAAAAAGUCAAAAAGAGUGAAAUACCAUCACGGAUUUUUUAUUCUUCCUUAUUUUUAAUUGGCUUAAUUGCUGGCUAUUUCAUGAACUUCUCAAAAUUAACCAUGAUUAUGGUCGUUUUGCAUUAUACUACUGACAUCUUCUUCCAUUUUGCUCUUUUAAUGAAAUUCUAUGGCUAUACCGCAAUUGUUCAAGCUAGUUUCACGGUUUAUAAUGGUCUAUAUGUUAUUUCGCGCAGUCUUUGCUUUCUGCUGUUAUUUACUCUAAUUUCUUUAGUUAUGGCCUACCCCAGUGAUUAUUUCUUAUGUUCUGUAUAUAAUCUAUUUUGCUUGCAUGUCUCAAGCAAUGAUGUACAAAAGCGAAAGGAAAAGGGUCAAAAGAAGGGUAAGCAGGAGGAUGCCAAAGAAUUUCCUAAUGACGGUAACAAUGGGAUUAAACACAAGAAGCAAAAGGCUCAAUAG